UGUUGGUAUUCGUUGAUUAAAAUAGCAAAGGUGACCGCUCCUGCCAGCAGGCUUUUUCUCAGAUUCACAGACAUGGACGAAGAUAUUCUCUAACACUGUGACUAUCUACAGUCCAGGGCCGAACACAUAAGGCAUUUUCAUUUGCACACGUAGGACAUUACUGGAUUAAAAAGAAAGGGAUACCAGGAUUUUUCAUUCAAUUUUCUGACAUUAUUCUGUGUGGAUAUAUUUUUAAAAAUAGUUCUUGCCUGUAUUGGUAUUUCAACACGGGAUGUGCUGUAUACAAAUUAGUCCGCGAUUGUUCAUUCAUAAACUGUUGUGAAUGAUAAGGUCACGGCACAGAGCGAGGAAAAAAAAAGCUGUUCAGGCUUGUGGUCAUUCACAAGUGCCACUGUAACUUGUUGGAUAUUACUAAAGCCUAAAUCUACACGUCCAGGAAUUUGUUUUAUUAGUCAUUCAUUUUGAAUUAUGUGCUUUGGAUUAAAUCUACGUUCAUUCGUUGAAAAUGUGAUAGAUCCAUUCACUGUGUAGUUGUUAGAUCUAAAUUAGGACAGGAAACUCCAUGAAAAGUGAUGGGAACAAGUGGGGACUACCUCGUGCAAGUUUCUGCACAGGUUAUGACAAGGGAUGAUUCCACUGGCGGCUGGGUACCCAUGGGGGGCGGUGGACUCAGUAAAGUAAGACUAUGCAAGUUGUCCCCCUUGGACAGCAACACUGGCAAUAACAAUGGGGUAAUGAGCGGAGACAAUUACAAACUAAAACCGGAGUAUGUCAUACAAGGAGAAAGGAUAGCUGACAAGACAGUUAUACUGGACUGUAGGCUAAAAAAGGAUAUACAGUACACCAAGGCUAAUCCUAAGUGGCACCACUGGAAGACAGAUGAGAAAAGGUAUGGACUGACAUUUGAGCGCUCAGAAGAUGCCAAGGCCUUUGAUCAAGGCAUCAGAUUUGCUGUUGCUGACCUAACAGAUGGGAUGAAUGAUGAGACUGCUCCAGAUGGAGAUGAGUAUAUGGAGCUGCCAUUAAAGAGGAAUGAUAGCUCAUCACGAUCAGCAUCCACAACAUCCACCAACACCAGCAGCAGCCCUGGGACCAACUCACCCCAAUCCCCACUAAACAACAACGACCCAUUCAGUUUUUCAAAUACCAACGCCAACCACCUGCACAGAGUGCAUUACAUUUCAAACAACCGUGCCUCAGCACGCAAUGUGCACACAAACGGUGGGGGGAUUGUGGGACAACAACAGCAGCAAUCCCACGUACCAGGGUCACCUGUCAGUGAAAAGAACAGUCAGCAUAAGUCCAGCUUUGACAGCAGCUCAGGUCAGGAUGAGGUCUGGGUGCGGACGUCUGUAGAUCCGGCAUCUUUGAGCGGCAAAUCUGAUCAAGGGCUGAUAGACUAUGGUGAUCAUGGGGACCUGUACAAGGAGGAAUCCUAUGUUGUCUUUAACAAGAGCAAAGUGGGUUCUCUACACGAGUACAGCUACCCAGAUCUAGAACCACAACAGAAGCCUCCAUCUCAGCGUAGCAGCACAAAAAAGCAAGCACUAAGCUUGUCUACAAACCAGACAACACAGCCUUAUCCUCCACUCCCAAUCAAAAACAAAUCCAAGAACAAAAGCAACACUGGCGGGGGAGAUGGGGGAAAGCACGAACAGUCAGGGGCCCAUCGACGUUUAGUGUCCCCUCAAGUCCAGUGUAAACAUUGUCGAGAAUUAUUCUCUUUAGAGGAGAACCCUAGGGGCUCGUGCGAAGAUGCACCAGAUUCUGUGGAACGUUGCAUCGAAUGUGUGACCUGUGUUACUUGCACAAAAGGAUUAAUGUACCACUGUUGGUCAGAUGCAGAUGGAGAGUUUGGGCACCCGUGCUCAUGCGAUCCUAGCGACACAAGCUUGUGCAAGCGCUGGACAGCUUUAACACUAUUAUCGCUGUUCCUGCCCUGUUUAUGGUGCUACCCUCCUCUAAAAGCCUGUCACCACUGUGGAAUCUUGUGCGGUCUCUGCGGUGGGCGACACAAGGCAGCAUGACCACAUGAUUAGACAACAUUUGCAAGUAGAUGUUUUUUUUAACACUUUGCUUUCCUUUUUUGUUUUCUUGUUGCUUAUUAUUCUCUCACUAAAGAGACAAAUGUUAAGGUAGAAGAAAGAGAAAUCACUUCUCCUGCCAUAGUGUAUUGCUUGUAUUGGAUAUAAGUCCAAAGAUCAUCUAAAGGAUACAUAAUCAUGAUGUAUGUGUGUUUGUGUAAGAGCUGUAUUUGUGUGAGUGUAAAUCAUGUUGUUUUGAAUAGCUUUAUUGUUGUUGUUUUCAUAGUGUAGUUUUGAAAGACUUUAGUAGAUUGAUUGAGUUGCAUUCCUGUCUUAAAAAUAGAAGCAAAAAAAAUACUAUUAAAUUAUUAGGAGAAAUAGUAACUUCAGUGGAAUGAGUUCUAAGGAUUUUUAAAAUUUUAUAAAACUAUAUUUAAGUAAUAUGUAAUUAUCUCAUAAUUCUAUCAACUAUAAAAGUAUAAGAUGACUGUUCUACUAAUAUGAUGCUCUUGCCUGUACUCCAAAUAACAUUUAAGAAACCUUUCCUAAUCAUUUUCAACCCAGUGUUUGAAAUGAAAAGAAUAUUUAUGAGUAAUUUUUAUGAGACUUUUUACCUCUGCAAUUAGUGGUUUUCAAACUUUUUUUUUGUAAGGCAUUGCGCCCCAGUCAUGAAGAAUAUGUGCCUUCCCUAAACAUUAUAGUACCUUUUUUAUGACUAGAAAGAUAGGGUGCUGUAGUUUAAAGUGAGCCAGGAAAAAGAAACCUAUCCAAUAUUUAGGUGUUAAGACAUUUAAAAAAGGCAGGUUUUAUUAAACUACUUUCUCCCAUUUGUACUAUGUUGGCUCCAGAGGACAUCAUUUCAAGUCAAGUCUUGGGAAGAGCAGGCAGGAAUCUAGUCAGGGAUAGGGUGGGGGAGUGGAGGGCUAUGGAUGAUUGUUCCCACAUAGUGCUGGGGGGGGGGGGGAGAGAGAAAAAAAUCAAUAAGUUCUCAUUCACACUGGAUAAGGCUUGGCUUGUUCAUUCACACAGUGCCAUGCUAUUGUGAGCAGCACACUGAACUGUGAGCAGCACAGUCACACACACUGGCAGUUAAAGCUAUGUGAUUAGUGCCACACAAACAGACAGAUGUAGUGUUGUUGUUUUUUUUUUUUGUUUUUUUUUUUUGUUUUUUUUUUACAUUUGGUAGGGCUAUUACCAAUAAUCACAACUUAAUUCUUUUAAUUCUAGAUGAAUGAUGACAUCAUUACCCAGGCUACAUUUUCAGUCAAUAGAACUUGAUGUGUGUACAAUGAACUAGAAGAAAACAUCAUUCUAGCUAUUAGAUAAGGAAAAAAAGUUAAAGAUAUAAUAUAUACUAAGAUGGUUUUUAUAUAUUGCAUAUAUAUUUCUUCAAGUGUAAUGUGUUCAAAUUGAACACCCCAAUUAGUAGAAGUUAUUUUGGUAUUGUGUUGUGAACUUGUCUCCUAUAUGUGUAUAUAGAGUGACAUUGCCAGCUUUCUCAAGCUUUUUAUUUGUGUUUUCUUAGAAAGCUGAGCAUUGUAUCAUUUGAAGGUUGUUGUCUCUCCACUUAUCACACAUAUCUAGUAUCAAGAGGGAUGUACAUGUAGCAAUUGAAGGCACUGGAUUCAGUUGAAACAACUCUGCACUGUCUCUUAGUAGUUUCUCUUACAUUCUGAUGGUCAGGAAGUGUAGACUAACCUGGUUCAUGUAGUCCUUGAAAGUCUUGGACUUGCUUGUUAAAGGAAAGUGUGUGUGUGUGUGAAUGGCUUCAUCUCUGUUCAUUUUACACACAAAAAAAGAGAAAAAAAAAACUAUUCAAACUUGUGGAUUAGGACUUGAUUAUCUCAUAUUAAUUUUGUUGACUAUGCAAGGGAGACACCAUCACAUGCACAUUGGGCUUGGGGCAUUGGUUGGGGUGUGGGGGGGAUGCAAUGGUUGUGUAUUGAGGUUGUUGUAGAUUUUGUUUCCUACUUUGUGUUGAAAUAGAUCUUUAUUUGUGCAAAUUUGAAUUUUAUUUUCAUUCACUCAAACAGUUUUGACAAUCUUCAAACCUUAAGGUCCUUGCUGUUUAUCUGUUGCUAAAAUAACCUGCGAAACCUAGAUUUCAUUUGUCUUUCCAUAAACUUGUUAAAUAUUGUAUUUUUAUAUAUAUAUAUCUUUAUUUAUAUAUGUAGCAUUAGAUUUCUGGUCCUAAUCAUUCAUUAUUUUGUAUUGUAGUUAGCCUAGAUAUCUGUAUGAUUCCAUGAAACUAUAGGUGACAAGUGAGUCUAGGUGUUCUAGUUUAGAUGAACAAUUACAACAAGGACCUUUUGCAUUUGUAAGAACAACAAACUGAAUCUGCAAUAUAUGAACAUAUUGUGUUAAUGUACAUUUUUUUAAUAUUAAAACAAACAAACAAACAUAAAUCAAUCAGUGGACUACUAUACACUAAGUUUAUGUUAGUGACUAUGUGGGCUUUUAGUCCAGACAAUGUGGUCUUCUUAUUGUCAUGUAGUAACUAGAGAAGUGUAUUUUAAGUUGCUGAACUCUGUUGUUAGACAUUACUUGUGCUAUAUGCACACACAGACAGACUAUUCCCUAACCAUUUUGUACAGACAUGCAUUUUAUACUCUGCUGCUUGUUAGAUUCUCAUGAGAAUAAUUUUGUUUCAAAGUUAUGUUGCUGCCAUUUAAAAAAAUUUCCCAUUAAGCUGACCAUUUUCAAUCAAAUUGAUUUUUUUUUUUUAAAUAACUUCUGCUAGCUGUUAUGUAUUCUUUGUGGGAUUUUUUUGUUUGUUUGUUUGUUUUUGUAAUGUUUUGGUUGUUGUUAAAUGUGGAUUUCAUUUUCUGACCUAUCCCUCCAGCAGAAUUGUGUUUUAUUAUUACUGCAAAUGCAAUUUUGUUACCAUUCUUUAAAACAAAAAUGAUGUGAACCUAUGCCUUACGGUGACACACUCUACAUUUUAGGGGGCUAACAUCAAUAGUAUGUUGUCAUUCUUUGUAAGGCUACAUAGUGGUCUGUUUUAUUUCUGCAGAACAGAGUAGAUUAUUUAGUCCAAUUAAGACUGGUCUUUCUACUCCUUUCAAGCUGAAAUUGCCUAGUUCAUGACAUGGGAGUUUUCCUACUACACAAUGGUUAGUUCAGAACUAAGAAACACUUUGAUGUGUAUAUCAGUUCAAUCCUGGUAUCUUCUAGCUGUGCUUUGCAGACAUGAUUUACAUUUAUGCUCUAUCCCCUUAUUGCCUUGAUCAGUGUGUAGCUGUGCGACUGUUGUGUCAGGGUCAAAUGUACAUGUAACCUUCUGUUACACAAAAGAUGCAAAGAUUUCAUUCUGUAUUGUGCUUGUGUUGACCAGCUUCAAUCUUCUUGCACUUGCUGCCUGGAUAUUAGACAGUUAUGUUGUUUUAGUCUAUUCCUAGAGAACUAAUACAUUUUGAUCUGUUGUAACUCUAUAGAUGAAAUGAACAGCAGGUUGCUCACUUAUCAGAUAAGGAAUCCUAGAAGGUUGGUGGGGGGGAAAGUUUUUGUACAUUACCGUUCGAACCCCCAUCUUUGCAUUGUUUUAAGUCUAGUCAUUUAACUCUUUCAGCCUGUUGCUAAAAUAGCAAUGGAUGCGGGCAAAAAUGGCUACCAGUUUUUGUUUACAAUAGGGUUAUAAAAAUAUUUUUUAUCUCAUAAACGGUAAAUCACAGAUAAAUAAAGUUAUAUAUCAAAUUAAAGCAAAAAUCUUCACCAACACAACUCUUUUAAUCUUUUUGUAGUUUAUUUAAUUUGUAUAGAUGAUUUUGCAGGUUGAAUAGGAUGGAAAAAAAUAAAAGAGUAAAAAAAAUUUUUUUUGUCUAGGUUUGUUAUACAUAAUAUAUGUAUAAUAUUGCUUGAAAAGAGUAUAUUUUGUACUCAUUUUAAAGUAAAUUCAUUUUGAUAAACAUAAAUCAAGUUUUUUUUCCUAAUUUCUUGCUUAUUUAUUUUAAUUUAAUUUUUUUUCUAAAUUGCAUUAAUUUUAAUUAAACUACUUUUUUUUCCAUAUCUAUUAUAAAAUAAUUUUUUUAAAUUUCUUUAUUAUUACAGUCACCAUAAAUUAUAUAUUAAACUAUAUAGAUAUGCAUAAGAAUUCUUUUUUACCCUUUCUUUAUUCUUUUAAAUGUAAAUAAUUUGUAAUUUCAUGUCUUACAUCAUAGUCAAUUUUUUUUCGCCAUUUUUUUUUCUUUGCAAUAACAUCAAUAUAUACUCUUUAUUUUUUUUGUAUUGACCAUUUUGACUAAAUACUUUUCAUUAAUUAGAAAGAGGAUUCAUUUCUGAAUAAUUUGAUAUACAACACUUAAACAUGCAGUGAAGAUUAUAAAACAGAUAUUACCUUAGACACGUAGAGUUGUAAAUCCAAUUCGAAAUCAUUUUUGGCAAAAAACAAUAUCCAGUGAAAUAGGAAUAAUAUUUACAUUUUACACACACACACACAUAUAUAUACAUUUAUUUACAUUACAUAGAUGCUACUGCCACUACUCGAAAGCUAUAUUUUUGCCAGAUCCUCAUGGUAUAGACGAAAACAAUGUUUCACACAGAGCCGAGGUUGCGACGGGCAACCCGAGCAAAAGAAUCUAGUCCGCUUCCGUUGUGAUUGACUCUUGCAAUAGACACAAGGGCGAUCAUUCUCUUCAUAAUGAACAAGAUGAGGCCCAGGUGCUAUUUUGCUGUCAGCUUUAACAGUCUUCACUUUCACCUGUCUGGGAACAUCACCCAGUGCAGUGGCAGCAUCAACUAAACCAUCAAUUAAAGUUUCUUUAAAUUUUUUUAAAGAAAGCUUUUUUGAAGGCUGGUCACAUGUAACCUGUGUGGCAUUAUAAAUGAUGAGGGCAUUAAUCUGUGCAAUUUCUAAUAUCCAGAAAAAGACUUUCUUCCACCAUUUCAUGCUUUUUCUAGAAUGCACAGAAUAAUAAGAGAGCAUUUGGUCUGCCCUGUCGCAACCAUUCAUCAUCAUAUUGUAGUCGUGAACCAUUUCUGGCUUCUCGACAACACUGCGCUUCUGUUGCACAUUAAUGAUGCGAUUGGUUGAUUUUGUGGACACCAUAAUGCAAGGCUUUUUAGCUUUCUUAUCCUGCCAUGCCACACAAAGAGCAUCUAUACUGCCCACAGACUUGUAAUAUUGAGUUUCUCUGUGACGCAGCUUUUGCUUCUUGAGCUCGGCAGGGAAAUUUUUCCUAGCCAAGUUGACUGUCCCAGUAUAAUAAAAUCUUUUCUGAGUUAGAUAUUCCAAGAGAUCUGUUGAUGUAUAAUAUCUAUCAGCAAAAAUAUGAUGCUUACUUUGAAGUGGUUGUAGAAGGGUAUCAAAUAUUUUGACUGCAUGGCUGGUAAUACUCUUUGAUGAGUCUGAGUAAGUAGUGUCACUUCCAUAAUAAGUAAUAAGAUUUAUUACAUAACCUGUACUGCUAUCACACAGGCCAUAAUUUUUUAUGUGGUGCUUUUCAGGCUUACUAGGGUUGUACUGUAAUGGUCCAAACCUGCCUUUAAAUCCUAUCACCAUCUCAUCAAUAGCAACCUCCUCAAAAGGAUAAAAUGCCUUUUGAAAAUUUGAACACAUCAUCUUUACGAAGGGUUCAACUUUAUCCUUACCGACCGAGACCGCUUCACCUACAUGCAUCAUGCUAAAGAACAAGAGUUCAAAUCUAGCUCUUGUAAACAUGGUAUUAAACCAUGGCUGAUAAUAUAUGUCUUUAUUAGACCAAAAGUCCCUGACAGACUUUUUGUUUUGUAGACCUAUCGAAAUAAAAACUGCGAGAAACUUGUACAUUUCUGCAACAUUUGUGUCUGUCCAAUUAUUAAAAGUGGACCUGACAGUAGGAGGAUUGUGUUUUUGAAUCACAAUUUUAGCAUAAUCAUUAAUGCUAUCAACUAAAAAGGUCAUGAUACAACCAUCUACUAGCCUGGUAAAAACAUCAAAUGGUGUAGAAUCUCUUGUCAAAUCUAACUCAGAAUUGACUCCACUUUUAGAAGGCUGGGACAUUCUAAAUGUAUUGGCAGUACUGACAGGACAAUUGUCAGCAACCCUCUCCCAUUGCCACCCAUCAUUAUUACCACUAGUUCUAGGUCUAAAAUCAUCUGGUUCUGGAAUUGUAGCAAUAAUACCAGUCCCAUCAUUGUUAGCUUCACUGCCACUAUCACUGUCAGAAUCUGAGUCAACCACAGUAUCAUCAUAUCUAGCUCUUUUCUUCUUCACAAUGUUAUCAUCUACACCAUGAUUUUCUGGCAAAUAUGUUGAAUCAUCUUCACUAUCACUAUCACUAGAACUUUCUAAAGCUAAAAACAAUUGAGUAGCUUGUGCUACCGUUAAUCUUUUAGGCCUACCACUAACACUACUGCAUCCAGGCAUAGCAUCCAUGUUUGUUUUUGUUUGCUAAGCAACACACUAAUUAAAAUAAUAUUAAAACAAAAAAACAAUCCAGGUUAUUGCAUAAAGACGCUUAAAAAAGGAAGGUUUCGUUUCUUUUUACUAUUUUUGUUUUUAGAAAUAACUUUAAAAACUCUAACUACAAGAAACGGACUAAUUUUAGAAGCCACCCCCCAAAAGCCAGUAUACUGGCAAACCAGGCUAUGAGGUAUAGCUGUUUUGCCAGUAUACUGGCAAAACAGGCUGAAAGAGUUAACUGUAGCUGUUUCUUUUUUUUUUAAUCUGUUCUCAGUGUUAGUAAGAAGCAGUCUGAACAUUGAUGUCUUUCUGUUCCUACUUAAUACUUUUGAUAAAAACCUUCAUUCUUACUCUAAUCUUUUUAUGACUAAUUGGAUCAUCAAAAAAAAGUAAUUUAAUUUAAAUGUUUGGGUUUCCUGUCUAGCCACUUGUGUGUUAAUGUCACUAUUUGUACACUCUGUGAUCCCAGUUUUAUUUCAAGAGCAUUCUUGUCAAAGCUUCCUUUUUUUAAAACAAUUGAAAAGUUGUUUUUUGUUUAUUAUUAUUUAUAAACAAACAUUUUGGGGAGGGGGGAGUUACAUCCUCUAGAUUUUAUUAUAUAUGUAUUUAUUGCAGUAGCUUUGGUUUUGUUUUGUUUCUUUUUUUUUUUUAAGAUAAAAUUUAUUCCUGAUUCUGUUUCUUUCUUAUAGUGUUUUUUUUUUAAUCUGAACCAUUAUUUGACUAUUUUCUUUUCAUUUGAUUUUGUGACUUGAUAACUCAUUGCCUAAUAGUGUUGAUAUAAUUUGGUAUAGAAAUGACGUUUGUUUUGUUUUAUUUGUUAGACAACUUUUUAUUUUUACAGUGGGAUGGGUAGGGGGGAAAGACUCUUAUGGUUGUUGAAUGCAAUUAGUUUGAUACUUACAGCUGCAUUACAUUUGUUGUCCAAUGCUGUUUGGUGUGAUACAUACAAAAUUUAGUUUAUUUUAUUCAUGCUUUCUUCUUGGCCACCUCUAAUCUCGUGUACAAAGUGUGGGACAAAUCCUGUAUAUCUCUUUAGCAAAUGUAUUGCCACAAGUUGUUGUGUUGUUGGUUGAAACAAAAUUAUCAUUAAUACUAUUUUUUAAAAAAUCACUUAUUUUUAUUUAUUAUUUUUUAUUUUUUUUUUGCCUAUAUGAUUGUGAAUAAAGAAAAAAACUAUAAUGCUUGUCUUGUAAGUGUAGGAGUGUUUUAAUCAAUUGGCUGCUAGUUGUCUAAGUGUUUUGAUCCUGGAGAAAUAGUGUUGAGAGUUUGCUUGUGAAAUAUAUAUAUAUAUACCUCCUCUGUACAUAGUGUACAACUUUUUACUAUGGAGAUUUGUGUGUGUGUGUGUAACAGACUAAAAUGGAGGUGAAAGAUGGCUGGUGUUAUUUAAUGCCAUGUUUUAUUUUUCAAAUGCUUGGUUCAGUGUUUAAUGUCUUUCCUUAACCAUGUUCUGAACCAACUGUACAGUUAGACUUUUACAAUUUCUAUACUAACAAUGAGGACAAACAUAAAAUGCUAUAAUUGGACAUCAGAAGAAAACAAAGACCAGUGAAGUGUUAUCCCUGUCAUUGUUGCCUCAAAAAUGGGAAAAAUGUUAGAAUGCUUUUUUUUUUUUUUCUUCUUAAGUUGUGUCAAAUAUUGUUAAUGUCUCUUACUUAAUAAAAAUAAUAUAAUUGAGUUUAACAAAACAAACAAAUAUUGUGUAAAUAGUUAAAGAGGAAAGUGUUCUGCCUGCCUAUGACUAUUAUGUUGAAUAUGUCUUUGUACAUAUACAAAUUUAGUAGUACUAUGAACAUGUACAUGUCACCUUUGUAUGCCUUCAUACAAGCUUUUAUUUUUAUUUAUGUUUUUUUUUUUUGUUAUUCCCAGAAACUUUUUUAUCACUAUAAAUCUAUUUAUAUCUUCCCCAUUCUUUCCCAUCUGUCUCCACACAGUCUUCUUGAAACCUAACCUUUUAUUUUUUUUACUUUGUUUCAAACCUUAAUUAUACCUUGUCCAAAUACUGAGAUCAAUUCAAAGAAUGGAAAACUUUUCAUGUCAAAAGGAAGAAUCAAAUUCAUUGACACAAUUGGUGCAUGGAACUUUAAGUUCUGUUUAACAUUUACAUUUGUACAAAAAAAAUAAAAAAUAAUAAGAGUGGCUAUAAUAUCUUUUUUUUUUUUAACACAUUUUUCUCUAGGCCAUGUUCAUAGCUACAAAAUAGAUGAUUUCCAUUGUCUCCCAGCUCUGGAACUUAUAUCACAAUAAAAUAUACCCUGAAAUGUUUCCACAAUGUUGAAUCAAAUUUCAUAUAUAAUAUCUUACUUUCAAAUUAUUUUUGGGUUCAAUCCUUUGGAUUUCACAUUUGCCUUCUCUUCUUGUGUAAGUCACAUUUUACUUUUCAAACACUACACUCAACACAUUGAUGCUACUUUUGACCUCCAGUACAUGUGUGCAUCCCUCUCAAAGAUUGGGGAGGACCAGAAAAACAAACCUUGGUUCAGCACUAGUCCUCCAGCAACAUUGGCAAGAAGGCAAAUGUCUAUGUGAACAUGGUAGAUAUUGUCAACAAGUUUUUGUUUUUACUCUUUUACUAUACAAUUCAUUCCCCCCUCCACUGUUGCCCCCUCCCUCCCCAUCUCCAUCCUUGUCAUUUAUCCACCCUAAUGAUAUGUUCAGGCAUGUCUGUUCCCAGUACAUUUUUGGCUUCAUGCAAUGUUUAACACAGUGGCCUAGUUGGUUGAAGGCUUAUGUUUGCAGUUUUAUUUCAUAGACUUAUGAAAUUACCUAACAUAAAAAUAUGUUGUAAACUUGGUCCAAGGAAAAUCUCCCAAACAUAAUCUACAUAUAUAAAUACUUUGGCUACUGUGCUUGCAUUGUGUACAUAAUUAGCAGACUUGUAACUUAUUUAAUAAACCUCUCUGCUAAAUAGGAUUAGUGAUCCUAUUAUUAAGAUUAGGUUAUUGUCAUGAUUGUAAUUGGAACUCAAAAUAGUUAUUUUUUUCCCCAACAUAACAUAGCUGUAUAGUUAGCUAAAGUUAAAUCAGCUGAAACCAAUAACUUGCAAAUGCUAAGUCAUGACAAAAAAGGUUCUAGCUAAUUACAUUACUUUCUAGUACUGGCUGCGGGGGCUGAGUGCUUUGAAUACCAUAAAUCUAAAGCAAGUUUAGAGAUCAAUUGGUUGCAUGAAGCCAUUUGUCUACUGGUUUCUGUGACCUGGGGAAAGGAUGAGAGAAAACAUGAACCUCUUCUGUACUCUAGCUUUUGGCUUCUCUCUUCUUCAGACUUUGAACAUGGUGCUGCUAUUGCUUGUUUUCAGAAUUACCCUUAAGAUGUUUUGUUUUAUUUCACUAUUGAUGCAUACAUUUUAGUCAUUUGAGUUGUUUUUUUUAUAUAUAAAUUAUGAUUAUAUUUUUUUUUUGUCAAACUUUUCCCUAAACAGCAUCUUUGGCUUUUUUUUUUCCUCAAGGGAAAAAAAUAAAACUAUUCAUGUAUAUGAUCAA